AUGAAAGCAAUUUAUCCCAUAUUCGACUGGGUGCGUGGAGAAGUGAGCCUCUCGGUUCGGUCCGAGUUUGGACAAUUGGCCGAAAACCGACUGGAUACAGGAUUUGGAAUUCGGGCUGGAACCAUCAGUCGAAGUUCCGUCGAAAGUGAAUUGGAGCGGCAGCGGACACUGGCGCAGAUCAAGCAAAAUUGCAAAAACAUUGAUGGUUUUAUCUAUGAGCUCCCACGGAAGAAGGUGAUGGAAGAUAAAAAGAAUCGAUUAGCCAAAUAUGAGAUCGGGGAAAGAGGAUCCGAAGACGGGCUGGGGAAGGUGUUAAUGCUCCUCGGAGACACAGGAGCAGGAAAGAGUACCUUCAUCGACGCGAUGGUGAAUUACGUGUACAGAGUCAAGUGGGAAGACGACUUUCGUUUCAAAGUGAUUGCAGACGAAUACGAAAGGGGAGGAGGGCAAGCUCAUAGUCAGACGCAGUGGAUCACAAUGUACACCCUACACAGGCAACCGAGCAUUGCUAUCCCUUAUACCUUGACUGUCAUCGAUACCCCUGGGUUUGGACAAACAAAUGGGAUCAUGGCCGAUGAAGAAUUGAGGGACCAGAUCCGAGAAUUCUUCUCCAAUUUUGGGAACGUUGGCGUGGAUCAACUUCAUGGAAUCGGCUUCGUCGUCAAGGCUGCUUUGCCCAGACUCACGCCCACACAAAGGUACAUAUUUGAUUCCAUGAUGUCAGUCUUUGGAAGGGAUAUGGAAGGCAAUAUCUACGCUCUAGCAACAUUCGCGGACAGGAAAAGGCCGCCAGUCUUACAAGCCCUCAAAGAAGGAGACAUCCCAUAUGGAGCCUAUUAUAAGUUCAAUUAUUUUGCUCUCUUCCAUCGUCCUGAUGACGACGAAGGCGAAUUUAUUAAGAUUCAUUGGGAAACGAACAUGAGAUUUAUGAAAAAAUUGUUCAAAGACCUUCGGAAGUCGAUAUCAGUCAGUUUGAUGCUGACAAACAAGGUUUUAUUGGAGCGACGACGCCUACAGACAGCUCUACAGGACAUACAGCCACAAAUCAUUGCUGGCUCAGAGAGGUUGGAACAACUUAGACAAGAACACGCAGUUCUGGAACGAUACAGAUCAAGGUUUGGCGGAAGAAAGACCAGUACAUACACCUUCAAGUUGUUGAAAGAGAAGCGAGUGAACUUAAGCCCUGAUGAAUGUGCCAUGAACUGCCUAAGAUGCGACUUCACUUGCCAUUACCCAUGCAUGAAAUACGAGAUGGAGACGAAUUGUGAAGCGAUGGGCAUCGGGAUGAUGGAAAGUGCAGUGCCACACUGUCUUGUUUGUCCCAACCAUUGUCCACCAGACCAGCAUGUGAAAAGCAAAUAUCGCCUCGAACUGUAUGAGGAAGAGGUGACGAGAACUGCUGAGGAAUUGAGAGCGAAAUAUGAGGCAGCAGCUGGUAAGAAGUUGACUCCGAAAGGACUGAGGAAGGAAAUCGUUAAGGCAUUGAAUAGGGAAUCGGCGAACAUGUUGGAUUCAACCAUCAAAGCACGCGAAUGUUUACAGACGCUCAACCAAAUAGCAUUGAGGCCCGUUCCCUUGGGGGUCAUUAAAUUUGCGGAUUUAAUGAUCGAGACAGAUAUUAGAGAAGGCAGAACCAGUCUAACCCAGAGAAUCGCAUACAUGAAAGACAUACAGGCCAAGGCAGCACUAAUUCAGAUGCUGAAUAAUCCAGAUCCACCAAGCGUCUCCGAUUACCUGAACCUCUUCAUUGACAUCGAGAAAAGACUAGGCACAUCUGGGAAAGCCCAGAGGAUCAAAUAUCUCGAAGAAGCAAAAGCAAAAAUGAAUGAUCUGAUCCUUUAA